GAGGUAGACGCGGACGGCCCGCUAUCGACAGGAGAACAUUUGGCAAGCGGAGAGCACCGAGCUACCUCUCAUCUCACCACCACCACCAAGCGGAGGAGCCACCUGAGGACGGGCGGCGAGCGAGAGGGCGGCAGCCGGAGAUAGGCAGCGAAGCGGGGUCCGGGCGAAGAGAUGGCGUUCACCAUGCGCGCGGUGAAGGUUCCGCCGAACUCGGCGUCGAUGGCGGAGGCGCGGCACCGCGUGUUCGACUUCUUCAGGGACGCCUGCCGCGCCAUCCCCUCCAUCAUGGAGAUCUACAACCUCGACGACGUCGUGACCCCCGCCCAGCUCCGCGCCAGCAUAUCCCAGCAGAUCCGGAAGAACCAGGGCUCAUUCUUAUAUCACUGUAAUGGCACCACAAUGCCAGGAAAGCAUUUCUAUCUCCCUCAAUCUGACUGUACAUCUCUGCUGAUUUGUUCUGACUUGCGUGCGAACAAACAGGUCAUUGAUAUGCUUCUCUUCAAUGGGAUGGAGGAGCUGAACAACAUCACCGAGCAUGCGAAGCAGCGCCACCACAUCAUUGGGCAAUACGUGGUUGGCCACAAGGGGCUGGUGCAGGACCUGGAAAAGGACCAAGGGAGCUCCGAGUUCCUGAAGAAAUUCUACACCAGCAACUACUAGAAUCCGAGGCCACCACAAAAAUUUCCAGCCUUCCUGUAGAAGUGCCCUUGACAUGUACUCUGAAUAAGACGCUGAGAAACACAUCCGGCCCAAUUUAUUUUGUUACUCGAUGUUUUGCUUUGUUCGAGCUUGAUUCGAUUACUCGGUCAUCUCUACUCAAUGAGAUGGUGUCUGCCAGUGAAACGGUUGUAACUCGUAGACUCUGCUUCCCAAGCUCAUGUUGAAGGAUUGAUGUCUUGCAGAGGCAAGAUCGAUGUGGA